AAACGUGUGUGUGAGCAUUUCAUGUUUUCUCCAGGCUGUGGAUAAUUAUCCCCUGCACAAGCAUAACAUUUGAACAGCUAAAUUGUCAAGGGAAUAUGAUGUGCUGUCCAAUAUUUGGAUAAGGUGCUGUGAAACCACUAGGUUGUAUAGAAAGGAAAGCAAACCAAAACAAUUUGGGCUUUACACACUCACAACAAACAAGCAUUUCUGAUUAACUAUUGUGUAUGCCUGUCGUGGAAUACUUUUUCUUCCUGGUUCUUUUUGUGUGUGUGCAGGUGCUGGGGUUUGUUCUGAGUGUGGUUCAUCUGAGCAGAGCAGCUCCCUAAUAGCCUCUAAAUGGGAUCAUUAAUGCUCUGUGAUUUCAGCCAUUCAGCUUUGGAGGUUUCUGCGUUCAUUGCCUCUUCUGUCCCUGUGGUUUGUCCACAUUCACUGACCACAUACCACCUCCUCAAACUCCUUCAGAAGUUUGGCAAAGUAAAGCAAUUUGACUUUCUCUUCCACAAGUCUGGUGCACUGGAAGGGCAGCCCAGGGGUUACUGUUUUGUCAACUUUGAAACCAAACAGGAAGCAGAGAAGGCGAUCCAGUGUCUCAAUGGGAAGCUGGCCCUUUCCAAGAAACUGGUGGUGCGGUGGGCACACGCACAAGUCAAGAGAUAUGAUCACAAUAAAAAUGAGAAGAUCCUUCCAAUCAGUCUGGAGCCAUCUUCCAGCACGGAGCCACCCCAGUCCAACCUAAGUGUCAGUGCAAAAAUAAAGGCCAUUGAAGCCAAGCUGAAAAUGAUGGCAGAAAAUCCAGACGCAGAAUAUCCUGCAGCACCUGUUUAUUCUUACUUCAAGCCACCAGAUAAGAAAAGGACUACUCCUUACUCCAGAGCUGCCUGGAAAUCCAGAAGAUGAUGCUUAUGAGUGGAUGAUGGUAGCAAGAAACACUGCUUUGUAUACCUGGAGUCCUCCAAUGCUUUUGUACUUUUGUAGAGUGGGAAGGACAAUGCCACCUGAGCAGGGCACAGCCAGCACAGCCCUCUGUCACACCUGAGGGUCUGCACCUUCCUGCCUGUGCAGCUCACAGCUGAAGGCUGUUCAGAGAAAUAGGUUCCCUUCAAAGCCUCUGAUGAACACACAGGCAACCUCUCGUUAGUGUGCAUUCAUUAGCCAGAUUAGAAACAGUAACCAGCGUUCGGAGUAAAGCACAUCCAAAAAUACUCCAUUUAACUGAUUACUUUUUAAAGUAUUUUUGAACAAAAUGUAUUCCAAUUCAUGUUUUAAUGGAAGGGGAAGCACUUGGUUUUGAUUAACAUGCUGUAGUUAUAAUGGAAAUACUUUUUCAUCUCAAUAAAAUUCAUUUUAAAUAGAUCUUGCAACACCUUUAGUAACUGUGCAUGCAAUAUUUUAUAUGCACCAAGGCCAAUUGAUUUUGCAUUUUGAUUUGCACACUCCACAAUGUUACUUUAUGACAUGGUAAUGACACAGCCCAGGUAUUUUCAGUGUCAUUUAGGCUGUAGGUGUGUGCCUGCCUGUAGGAAUUAGUGUAUUUACACACCACUGAGGUCUGUGCUGUGCCCUGAGCUUUGGCAUUUGUGUUCAGUGAUCCCUGAUGGUGGCAGCUCCUCAUGAGCCAGGUGUGGUGUUUGCCCCCUGUCCUGCCCAGCUUUGGUUUCCAUGGGCUGGUAGAGAUGGUCAGCUGCCUCUGGUGUGAGGUGGCACCAGGGUUUGUGGUGAACUGGGACUGCCCCAGGGACCAAAUCCACAGAUCUGAUGGGAGACAAUGCUCUGAACCAUCUGAUCUGCAGCACAUUUUCCCCCUACAUAUCUGCAAAAUAGAAAUCUGAGAAAAAAAAAAUUUCUGGCAGCAUUUUCUCCUUUGUGCACACAGUGCUGUGACUGCAUGUGCCAGGAGGAUGUCAGAGAGCUCACGUGCUCAGGUCCAGGUGACACUGGUCUGGUUUUCCCCUCCUGUCAGACCUCAUAGUUCACUUGAGCUGCUCCCCCCGAGCUGGUUAAUGGUGGUCUCAAACAGGAGGAGGAAAACAAUUUGGGAAGAGCCCCGGUUUGUGCAGGCAGGAGUUGCUCAGUGGCACAGCCCAGGGAGGUUUGUGCUCCUGCAGCAGCAGCACACCUCCCUCCAGGCAGAGCUGGCUUCCUGCUGCCAACCCAGCACCUGGAGCGGAGCCGUGCCUGGCUGUGCCGGAGGACUGUUGAAAGCCUCAAUUGUUCUGAAGUAGGUCUCGUGCUGUUAAUGUUUGUUUCCUAGUUUUUUGGGUACCUGAGUAGAGGGAAAAGUAGUAUUCUUGGGAGUUUGUACCCCUCUGAAUGUGAGUGACACCCGUUUGCAUUCCUCUGUGAGCAGCCUGUGUUUGUUCCUGCGUGCUCUAACGUUUGUAGCUUUCCGGGUCUGUAUCUGCAUUGUUUAGAACAGCUCUGAAUUCUGUUCCCAUUGGGAAGAUACCUGAAGAUACCUGACUUCAGCUGGGUGUGCGGCUGUGCUCCCCUCAGAAACAUCCUUUGAUAUUUAUUUGUAUCUAAAUACAAUUUGUUGAAAUUCUUACAGCUUUCAAUAAACAUUUAAAAUGCA